UCUAAGUUACACUAAUUAUAUAGAUACAAACAAUGUUAUUACUACGUGUUGGAUAUUAAACAUGCCACAAAUUGUAAUCGAUGUGGUGAAAGGGCUUAAUCAUAUAUUGCUUUUUCUCGUCCAGUAGUCACGUGAAAAUGCUAUAUCUUGUGACUAGUAUUUAGUUGUUUGUGCAGCCUCCUCGAUGCAUGCAGUCUGCCUAAAAGCGCCUGGAGAGUGUGGAUCGUGCUGAUGAUUUAAAAAGGCGGCUCCCUGAAGGCGCUGUCUUAGCGGAGGGACCUGUCGGCAUCCUACCUGCGUGCGGGCAGCUGCCAGGGAGCUAGAGAUCAGAAAGCGCUUCAUCGUGCGUUUCUGCGCCAAGGGUACGGCAGCGAUCCGACCGAAGACACGGGGACGCGGGACGGGGGCACCAAACGUCCGCGGACCCGCGGGAGACUGCGCGCUUACGGUAAAGGAGACCCACAUGUGAUACUAUUUCACACUGGAUUUAGGGGAAAUCUUUGCAGACCCUUCCCUAUUUCACUGCCGGCGCCCCCUGUUGGAGAGUCUGUGGAAUGAGCAUAUGCGGCAGGAAAGCGUUGACGUUGCUGAGCAGCGUGUUCGCCGUCUGCGGCCUGGGGCUGCUGGGCAUCGCCGUCAGCACCGACUACUGGCUCUACCUGGAGGAGGGGGUCAUCCUGCCCCUGAACCAGAGCACUGAGAUCAAGAUGUCUCUGCACUCGGGCCUCUGGAGGGUCUGCUUCCAGGCAGGUGAGGAGACGGGCCGCUGCUUCACCAUCGAGUACGUCAUGCCCAUGAACGUGCAGAUGACCUCGGAGUCCACCAUCAGCGUGCUCAAGAUGAUCCGCUCGGCGACGCCGUUCCCCCUGGUCAGCCUCUUCUUCAUGUUCAUCGGCUUCGUGCUCAGUAACAUUGGACACAUCCGCCCGCACCGCACCAUCCUCGCCUUCGUGUCUGGCAUCUUCUUCAUCCUUUCGGGCUUGUCGCUCGUCGUGGGCCUGGUGCUGUAUAUAUCCAGCAUCAACGACGAGAUGCUGAACCGGACCAAGAGCAACGAGGCCUACUUCAGCUACAAAUAUGGCUGGUCCUUCGCCUUCGCUGCCAUUUCCUUCCUGCUGACAGAGACUGCAGGCGUGAUGUCAGUCUACCUCUUCAUGAAGAGGUACACGGCAGAGGAGAUGUACCGGCCGCAUCCGGGCUUCUACCGACCCCGGCUCAGCAACUGCUCCGACUACUCGGGCCAGUUCCUGCACCCGGACGCCUGGGUGCGAGGUCGCAGCCCCUCGGACAUCUCCAGCGAGGCCUCGCUGCAGAUGAACUCCAACUACCCAGCUCUCCUCAAGUGUCCCGACUACGACCAGAUGUCCUCCUCCCCCUGCUGAGGCCCAUGGCCUGACCAUGGGGGGGGGGGGGGGGGGCAAACACACCCCCGGCCAAAAGAAUGAGUGACGGUGGGUUCCCAGCAGCCCGUUAGGUUAGAACCCCAGACGCUUUCUCUCGCCUUGUGACAGUCAGACUCAGCUAAGUCAGUGUGUCAGGUAGCAAGGAGCCUUGUCAAGCACACAUACCCUGCUCGUCUUAGUAAAAGUGAUUUAGCAGUGGCUGCUUUCUUUCCCUAUUCCAUAGGGCUUCGUUUCAUUAAUUAACAGGCAAUUUCUCGUUGGAUUAAGCAACUGUGUGAGAUGAUCAGAAAAUACAGCCACACGCUUUGUCUAUGCUCCUUCAAUAGAGACUUCAGCCAUCUUGGGUCAAUAUCUGACUGACUUUACUGUGCUCCGUAAGGUGAUGCAAAAAGUAACGCUUUCCUGUUAUUUUAUUUCUUCAGACCAUGAAAACAAGGGUGUCAGAUGUUUCUUAGACACUACAAAGAUUUAUGUGAAUGUUAAUAGUUUCAUCUGGAAUCACCGUCUUACGGUCCGCCCACAGACAUCCUCCACAACCAAUCCGCUGAGACUAAACCCAUCCAAUCAGGGCGCAGUGGAAAGCUGACACACUCACGUUAGACACACCCACCUCUCACUCCAAUUUCCAUUUUUUUUGCCUUUAACAGGAGAAAUCAUCAUAAUUCUUGUGUGACAAGGACCAGCAGAACAGUUCAUGCGUGUGUGAAAUGUUGUGCUGCUCGAAAAGACUUCUUACAAGACACACAAAUGGUGGACAUUACUUAUCAAAGACAAAUAAUUUAAAUUAUACUAGGCUGUACUUGAAUGUGUAAACUGCAGCAGUGUUACAGUAAAUUUGCAGUAGAGUUCCAGUUUAUCCACCCUGCCAAUUUCCCAGAUUAGCAAUUGUCAUUUUAACUCUGUCUCAAGCUGUGCACUUUAAAUUUUAAAAUCUUAAUCCAUUUAUAUGAGUUUGAAUUUUUAAUAUGAAUAAAUUGACCAUGUUUGCUUUUAUCACAAAAUUAUUUACUGAAAACUAUACCUAAAAUGUAGUUUAAAAUUAAUUUUAAAUUGUUAGAGAAAGCCAUACAUUUAUAAAAAUACAAACUGUAUAUACUGAAAAUCAUUAAUAUAUCAUAACGUUACUGUAUGUAAAUACAUAAGUAAUAUUAACUCUGUAUAACAAUCAAGAUAAAAAUAUUUUAAAUAAACAAUUUGCCAAAUGUUAGACAAGUGUCAUAUAUUCGGUACUUCAUCGAUUGUCGAUAAGGUCUUAUUUUAAAGGAAUAUUAGUACAAUGAUAAGUUCCACAGCUUUACACUUUUGCAGUACUGACGUGUUCAUUGAAAAAAGAAAUGUACAGGAAAAAAAAUUAAACGUAAAGGAUAAGAAUGUGAAAUAAUUUUACACAGUUUCUUUGGCAGUGGGCUUACACAUGUUGGACAGAUCUCGCUGUUACAUAAAUGUAUGUUUCGAUUAAAUAAGGUUUCCGCAUGUACAUUGCUGUAACAGGUGUAGUCAUAAGCCGUCGGUGUUACGCAAAGCCUUUACUUUAGCAGCCUGUCUGCUGUUGUCUGAGAUGUACUGCUUCGCUUUCCAGUGGCUCAUCUGCCCGCAUCUGGCAGCUCUUUGCCUCCUGCCGCUCAAGGCUGGUAUUCAGGGGACAGCAAAGGGACUUUCAAACACUGCCGUAGCUCCGAAUUCCACACCAUUCCGUUUCUGUAUUAAGUAUACAGAAUAUUUCCUUAAGUGUAUCAAGAUUUGUCUUGUCCUGUUGUUUAGUUUCUUUUUAACAAUGUACAUAUUCAGUUACAAUACAUGUAUAUAUGUUACAGGAACAUUUUCUAUAGGCUUAUAACCGUUCUAAAUGUCUACUUUGUAAGCAUUGUACGCAUACUGAAAGUUACGACAGGAUAUAAUCUUACAGUGCUAAGACUGUCUUUGUGCACCUUCUGCAACGCAUAAUCCUGAUGUGAGCUUUUGCAUAUGUCGUAAUUUCCCAUUUUACAACUUAUAUAUUAAUUUUGGAAGUACUUUUUCGAAAGUCAGAAUUUUAUAAGCGAUCGUUCCAGUAAUUGUGUUGUACUGUAUGCACAGAAUCAUUCUGUUCAGAAAUAAAGCAGCACUGCCAUA